AUGAAGAACCACUUGUUGCUCACGCAUGAAAAACUUGAUGUUGGUGCUAUCAAUAAUUUGGUAACUGCCGGCAGCUGUGGAGCCAUAUCGCUGUUUGUUGGCACAACUCGUGAUAAUUUCGAGGAUAAGAAAGUCGUCUCUCUAGAAUAUGAAGCAUAUGAGCCUAUGGCUAUCAAGGAAAUGGAAAGUAUAUGCGGGCAGCUAAGACAAAAUUGGUCGGAUAUUGUUAACAUUGCCAUCUUUCAUCGUUUGGGUUUAGUUCCGGUAAGCGAGGCAAGUGUUGUUAUUGCUGUUUCCUCGCCACAUCGCAAAACAGCUUUGGAUGCCGUUUCCAUGGCCAUAGAAGAACUCAAGAAACGUGUACCAAUUUGGAAGAAAGAAAAAUACGAAGGCGACGAGGGUUCUUGGAAGGAGAACAAAGAAUGCCAGUGGUUAAGCAAGGAAAAAGAUGUUAUAUAGCAUAAUAUAUAUUGUAUUUUAUAUAUCUUUUGAUUCAUGUUGCUUCUUUGAAAAUUUGUUAAAGUUUUUGUAGUUGUAGUGCAAUAAAAUAAAUUUUCAUAUUGAA